UAUUUUCGUUCCGUAAAUCCAAGGCGAUUUAGAUCGUCCAGACCGCCACACCAUACAAUGUUAUUGUGAUUUGUGAUCGACUAUGAUACAUUAAAAAUUCCAGUGCUGGGAAAGAAACCUGUGACAUCCCUGCUGUAGAAGUUCACGCUCACCAUGUUGGUAUGAUUGAUUAAGGACAAUGAAGGUGGCGAACUGGGAACGUAUUGGAAUGCCAUCUGUCAUACUAAACUUUUACAUAGACUCUUGCAAAAGAGGAUUGUAGAUAGACGUUUAUUAGUAAAUUUCGUAGGCACGAUUUCACGCCCUGUCAUAUGUCCGCAUGUGGUAGUGUUGCAAGAAAUAUAUCCGUUCUGCCCUUCCAUCAGCAAAACUCUAGGAGUUGUCAUAAACUUUGCUCAAAACAUACGAUAUCUGGAACGUAAUUUUUAUAUAUUUAACAAUUCUAGUAUAUGAAGUGCGUUAAUUUCCGUAUUUAUCUGUGUACGUUACCGUUCGCUGCUACUGCUCUACUGAGGCUACUGAGUAUAACCGUCAGUUGUGAUCUGUGAUCCAUGUGUUGAAGCUAGGGGUGUGUAGUGUCGAAGUCAGUGUUCAUAACGCACCUCAGCCUGGCAUUAUUCUGACCAUUUUGACAGAUGCAGUCUUAGGGGCAAAAUUUGAGUACUGCAGAAAUGUUUAUUUGUUACUGAAAAUUUCUAAGGUCAUUAAAGGCUUGAAAAUGUCUGUAGUGUUUUGUUGCUUAAAAAACUGUUUUGAUGGGAUUGGUUUAUCGCAAAAUAAUAUACAGCGGAGAGAAGUAAAUCCCAUAGUACUUGAUACUGGUCACAUGGGUCAUGAAGUAGUGAUAGUAAAAAAUGGACAGAGAAUAUGCGGUAGUGGUGGUGCUUUGGCCAGUGCGCCUUUAGUGCAAAGUAAAUCUUACUUUGAAAUUAAAAUACAACAGUCAGGUGUUUGGGGUGUUGGUUUAGCAACACGAAAUACAGACCUCAAUCGAUCACCAGGUGGACAUGAUGCUGAAUCAUGGGUUCUGUGUUGGGAUGGGGUGCUCAGGCAUAAUAAUACAGAACUUCAGAAAAUACAAGAUUCUGCUCAGGAGGGAGAUAUUUUGGGAGUCUCAUAUGACCAUAUUGAGCUAAAUUUUUAUAUCAAUGGGAAACCUGUGGAUAGUCCAGUGAGCGGCAUCAGGGGCAAUGUAUAUCCUGCUUUGUAUGUGGAUGAUGGAGCUAUACUGGACAUUGUCCUUGACAACUUCCAUCAUUCUCCUCCAGGAGGUUUUGAUAAGAUCAUGCUAGAGCAGAGCCUUCUGUAACAUAGUGCUGAUCUGCAGAUUUAGACUUAAAUGCCAUCACCAUUUGUUCCCUCCAUACCACAAGAAAGAGAAGUCCAUCUGUUAAUAUGGUAACAUAAGCUGCUCUCAUUUUCAGAUUUUCCCAGGAUUUUCUAGAAACAUUUUUCUCUCUGCUUUACAGAAAAUUAUCCCGGCCUGUCCUUAUUUUGUAUGUCGUGCUGCUAGAAUGAUUAAAUUAAAAGUAUGUAAAUAAGAAUUUGAAAAUUCUGGGACAUUAAUUCACACUGGAUGAUGGAAGAAGUCCAAAAACCCAGUAAUUCUGUGUAUUAAUUCACGGUGUAUUCUUACACUGAAAGAAGCCCCAAUUGAACUUGGUACAAAAUUUAAAGUAUUAAUACAGGUCUCAUAUUUGUUAUAUGUGAUUCAAGAGAAAGUUGGUCCUUAUUCAGAAAACACAUAUUUGAUUCAGAAUUAAUUAUUUAACCAAAAGAGUACUGUUCAAGGGUUCUUAUGAUUGGUGUUUUAGCCCAUGUGUUUUAAGCAAUAAUAUUGUUGCAGUUUGAGAACAGCUUGUGAACAGUGCCUAAGUAAUUAUGGAACUGUCUGUAAUUUGUUCUACACGUUAUACUGACAAGCAGUUCUUUAGACCAUAUCAGCGAAGAAGUUAACCAGUCUUGCUGGGGAGGUUAGAACUUAUCUAAAUAUAGACAUGAUAGACUGCAAAGAUAAAGGGCAUUUCCCAGUGGAGUUUUAGAUCUGGAUUUGAGAGUCUUACACUUGUGACUUUGAACACGUAUUGCUGUGUAGUCUGGUAGAAGUUCACCGACAUUUGGAGGAAUAUAUUACAUCCAUCUUCAGGAUCAAAGAAGCAAGUAACCAGCAAGAAGCAACCAGCUGCACUUCCCAUGGCCACCUGCUGGUUACUUGCUUGGCUUACUUUUCAACCCUAAAUAUAGAGGCAAUACCUUCCUCCAAAAUAUCAGCGGACUUCAGUGGACUACUGUCUUCACAUCCUAGAAGACAUUGAUCUUAAUAUAUUCAUAUUUAUUUGCAAGUGCUAUUGAAGUGGUGAAUUAAUGCAUGAAUGAAUGAAUGAAUGAAUGAUAAUAUUGCAGAUAUACCACAAUUGAAUGUAUUGUUUUGUUGCUAAAUUUGUUUAACCCUAGAAUGGGCAUCUCUAUUUUCUGUACUGCCAGGCCAAUUUCUUAAGAAAUGUAGACAUUUUUCCAAAUGAUUCUGAUUUCUGUAAUUUUUAUUUUACACAAAUGUUUGCUACACCAUUUUGAAGUUCUGAGUUACAUGUAAACUUUUCAAUAAAGUGAACCCAAAAACUAUUUUUAAAAAUAUUUAUGCAUUGCUAAGUACUGCUUUCCUGGUUUUCUUUGCCUGGAAAUCACAAACAUGGGUGUCGCCAUUCCUAUAAUAUAUGAUUUCUCCAACAGUUGUCAGUAUUCAAAUGGUAACCCCUGUUGAAGAACCCACAUUCAUCUUCUAGAUUCAUCACCAUUUUAUGCCAUAUAUGCUAUAUUUUUGGCAGAAAAAUAUACACUAGACAAUUCUGUAUGGAAAAUGUAGCCUGUAUUGCCUUUCCAUAAUUUGAAUUUCAUGAACCAAAAACAGCAGUGCUGGGUGUGUUGAAUAUAAGCAGUUUUAUUCUUAAUUCCUAUCGGAGAUUCAGUGAAAAAUAUUGACUGAUGGGGAAUGUACAAAUAUUUCCAUGGCCUGUUUAACAAGCUGGACUUUGUGACAUGGAUCAUAUUCAUAUUCAUAUUUUGGUGCAGCUGUGCUGGUAUAAUUUAAUUGAAGAGCCAAGUUAAUUGUGUAAAAUUCAUUCCUGAACAUAACUGCAGAGAAAUAUGGGUGUUGCUGAGAAAACCGUGGAACCAGAUGUUUUUGUAGGUCCUUUGGGAUCCUGAUCAGUAUUCAGCAGCACAUCAAACGAACGUUUUAUUUUCUCUUCAUUGAUAGCCUUGAAAUUUUUUAGUCUGCAGUGUAUAGAUGAUCCUUGACAAAUAUUUCAUUGUAAUAUUUUUAAGAGAUUUAGCAUAUCUGCUUGUGCUUGUGCUAUCAUGAAAUUUAACUGUACUGAGGGGAAAGUAGAAGAUAAUGUAUUGGCCUUGAAUUCUUUUGUAAAUUGUCCUGGAAGCCUCAUCUCCUAGAUCUAGGUAUGUGACACAGUAAUUAAUUUACAUUGAAAUUGAUGUUUUUCAGUUAUGAGUUAAAGAACUGAUAGAAACACUGUCAUUAUUAUUGUUACAUAGUUGAAUAACUUGGCUUGUGUUGUCUCCAUUUCUUUCAAUGACUACUCUCUUCAUCAUCGAAGUCACUCAGCUCCCUUCCUUCGUUCAAUAAAUCUUUAGUUUACUUUCUUAUUAUAAUUAAUAACAUGAGGACUGCAUGCCGUUCUUCCAUGCUGGCAGGAUGCAUUGUUUUUUAACAAGAAAGAUUUUAACUGACAUGUUUGACGGUUUCAGUGCUGGUGUUAACAAUACUGUGUAAACAGUCAAAUAAUUUGACCUCUGGGAGACUUGGGGUUGGAUUAACAGAGACAUAUAUGAAGAAAGCCGUCUUCUGGGAUGUGGCGCCAUGUAGAUUUUGUAUUAACCGACA